UAAAUACGAUUGAUUGAUUGAUUGAUUGCAGAGCACUGUUCUACCCUCUCCUCCAGUUCCCACAUCCAUCCCUGCCUGGGACGAGGUCGGCAAACCCACCUUCAGCCAAUACCCCUACCCCACGCUCGGGCCUUAGCGGGCUCAAGCCGAAGUCGGUCAUGGCCCAGGCCGGGGAGGAGGCCGAUACAGCGAAAAGGCUCUUCAGGCUGGUUCAGGAAGGACAUUUGAGCCUUCUGCGGGAGGAGCUACAGACAGUCCAAGAUAUUCCAGGCCAAGGGAAAGGGACAUGGUGUCACGGGAGGACAGGGGACACUCUCCUGCAUUACGCCGCCCGGCGCGGGCACCGGGAUAUCCUGGCCUACCUGGUGGAAGUCCGGGAGAUGGACAUCGAGGCUCCGAACCGGGAUUACAAGCGACCGCUGCACGAGGCGGCGUCCAUGGGUCACCGAAGCUGCGUGCUGUUCCUGCUGGAGAGAGGGGCGGCUGUCGACUCCCUGAAGAAGGCAGACUGGACUCCACUGAUGAUGGCCUGCACAAGGAAAAACCUGGAGGUGAUCAGAGAGCUGGUGGAGCACGGGGCCAACCCUCUCCUGAAGAACAAAGAUGGUUGGAACAGUUUCCACAUCGCCAGCCGGGAGGGGGAUCCCCAGAUCCUAGAGUACUUGCUCACUGUCUCUCCAACCGUCUGGCAGACGGAAAGCAAAAUCCGAAGGACGCCUCUGCACACUGCGGCAAUGCACGGCUGUUUAGAGGCAGUAGAGGUGCUUCUCAAGAGGUGCCGAUAUGAACCCGACUGCAAGGAUAAGUGUGGCGUUACUCCCUUUAUGGAUGCUAUUCAGGGAGGUCACGUGAACACAGCACAGCUACUCCUGGAAAAGCACAAGGCUUGCCGUACAGCCGAGGACCUCCUGGGCGCUCAGCCUCUGCACCGGGCCGCCGUCACCGGGCAGGACGCCGCCAUUCGCUUCCUGGUCUCCGACCUCGGCGUUGGAAUCGACGAGAGGGCAACGGCAACGCAACACACGGCGCUGCACUACGCCGCUAAGGAGGGCCAAGCGAGCACAAUCCAGACUCUCUUAUCCCUGGGUGCUGAACUCGGGUCUAAAGAUGGAAAAAAUCGAUCAGCCCUGCACCUGGCCAGUGCGGGUCAGCACGCGGCCUGUGUGGAGACUCUGCUCCGGGCCGGGCUGCAGGACGCUCCGGACAGCACCGGGACGUGGGCUUGGCAGCUCGCAAAGAAACCCGAAGUCCUCCAGCUCUUCAAGGAAACGAGUGACGGCAUGUAAAGACCGCCGACGUGGGGGCUGCUUCCAGCCUCCUCCCUGUUUUUCUCUUGUUUCCAGACCCAAGAUGGCUAGGAUCAAUCAGCCGGUCAAUCGACGGCAUUUACUGAACGCUUACUGGGUGCGGGGCAUUGUACUAAGCGCUUAGGAGAGUACAGUACAACAGUCGGUAGACCCACACCCUGCCCGUAAGGACCUUACAGUCAUCAAGAGAACUUUAAAUCCUUAUCUAGGUUAACUGUGCCUCGCUUUAGUCACUGGGAAGCACUGGAGGAAAGAAACCUCGGCUCUAUUCCGGCAUUCCUGGAAGAGGAGUUCCGGGUGAUUCCCCUUCCGACUGGGCCAGAGUUUCUUCUUAGUAGUAGCAGCAGUAAGAGUAUUUAUUAAGCACUUACUAGGUGCCAAGCACUGGUGAAAAGUAUACGAAUUAAAAUUAGAUAAAGUCCCCGGCCCAUGAGAAUUAGGGGGUGUUGUGGGGAGGGUUGGUGACGGACUCACGAGGAAGCAGCGUGGCCUAGUGGAAAG